AUGCUGGAGAGACACUUUCCUCCAGACACCAAAGAGGAGUAAGGAUUCAGGAUGACCAAAACCUGCAGUCCCCCAGAAAAUGAGUUGUCAUCAUUCCACGUCAUCUUAACUUUCACAAUUAUAGGCACUGAAUGCGUUAUUGGUAUUGCUGCAAAUGGGUUCAUUAUGGCUGUAAAUGCAGCAGAAUGGAUUCAGAAUAAGGCAGUUUCUACAAGUGGCAGGAUCCUGUUUUUCCUGAGCGUAUCCAGAAUAGCUCUUCAAAGCUUCAUGAUGCUAGAUAUUGCCUGCAGCUCAAAAUUACCACGCCUUUAUAAUAAAGGUGUUUUAUAUAAUACAUUCAAAGUAAGUUCCAUAUUCUUAAAUUAUUGUAGCCUCUGGUUUGCUGCCUGCCUCAGUUUCUUCUACUUUGUGAAGAUUGCCAACCUCUCCCACCCACUUUUCCUCAAGCUGAAGUGGAGAAUUGCUAAGCUGAUGCCCUGGCUUCUAUGGCUAUCGAUAUUCAUUUCCUUGGGCUACAGCAGUCUCUUCUGGAAAGGCAUCUACUCUAUACACUGUAGCAACUCAUUUCCUGGCGCCUCGUCCAACUCCACUAAGAAAAAAUUUUUCACUGAGACCAACGUGGCCAACCUGGCUCUUCUCUACAACCUGGGGGUCUUCAUUCCUCUGACCGUGUUCAUCGUGGCGGCCACCCUGCUGAUCAUCUCUCUCAGGAGACACACGCUACACAUGGAGAGCAAGGGCACCGGCUCCGGGGACCCCAGCAUGGAAGCUCACAUGGGCGCCAUCAGAGCCAUCAGCUACUUUCUCAUUCUCUACAUCUUCAACGCGGUUGCUCUGUUUCUGUCCAUGUCCAACAUCUUUGACGCCAACAGUUCCUGGAAUAUUUUGUGCAAAACCAUCAUGGCUGCCUACCCUGCUGGCCACUCAGUGCUACUGAUCUUGGGCAAUCCUGGCCUGAGAAGGGCCUGGAAGCGGCUUCAACACCAAGUCCAUCUUUACCUAAAAGAGUAA